AUGGAUAGCCAGGACUACAGCGACAAAGAUCGCACCCAGCAUCAUGAUUCUGCUUUCGAAGAACGUGGUGUUGUGAAUACUGGCAACAGUGUAUCGGCGAAGAUCCAGAAUCCUCUCAUUCACAUGACCGAGGAUGAAAUGCUUCAAGAUGUCGAUUCAUUCGCAAAGGAGCACGACUUCGAGCAACACCUGCCUCUGCUUCGCAAAGCUGCGCUUGUCGCACGCGACCCGAUCAAUAUGAAAAAGGUCCCUGGGAUCACUCAAGAAGAGACGGAUGCAAUCUCCAAUGAGGUCCUGCACAAGUGGCGUCAACCGAAGAUUCUUUACUUCACCAUUGUUCUCUGCUCUGUUGGUGCUGCUGUGCAAGGUUGGGACCAGACUGGAUCGAAUGGAGCCAACCUGUCGUUCCCAGACGCCCUUGGAAUUCCCACGUCGGAGAUGGUCAAUGGCGUUGUCAAUCCCAAUGCGGCCCGCAACCAAUGGCUUCAAGGAUUGAUCAAUGCCGGACCCUACAUUGCUUCUGCUUUCUUUGGAUGCUGGCUUUCUGAUCCGCUAAAUAAUUUCUUCGGACGUCGUGGCUGCAUCUUUAUAUCCGCAAUAUUCUGCGCUUUGUCGCCUAUUGGAUCUGCAGUCGCUCAAACCUGGGAACAACUCUUCAUUACACGCUUGCUGUUGGGUAUCGGCAUGGGGUGCAAGGGCGCAUCGAUUCCCAUCUUCGCCGCUGAGAAUGCUCCUGCGAGCAUUCGAGGUGCGCUAGUUAUGACCUGGCAGCUGUGGACAGCAUUCGGUAUCUUCCUGGGCACCGUUGCCAAUUUGGCCGUCAAGGAUACAGGAAGAAUUUCCUGGCGCCUGCAAUUUGGAUCAGCUUUGAUUCCAGCGCUUCCCCUCCUUAUCGGUGUCUACUUCUGUCCUGAGUCUCCACGUUGGUACAUGAAGAAGGGAAAAUACACACAGGCGUUCAAAUCGCUCAGACGCCUCCGCAACAACGAUAUCCAAGCUGCUCGCGAUCUGUACUACAUCCACGCGCAGCUGCGCGUCGAGAACAGUCUGAUAUCGUUGAAAACCAACAUAGUCACUCGAUUCAUUCAGCUCUUCACUAUCCCUCGACUUCGGAGGGCGACUGUUGCGUCAGGUGUGGUCAUGAUUGCACAGCAGAUGUGCGGAAUCAACAUCAUCGCUUUCUACUCGAGCACAAUCUUCGAGAAAGCUGGUGCUAGUGUUACAAUCUCCCUCAUUGCAUCCAUGGGCUUUGGAUUGGUCAACUUCGUCUUCGCCUUUCCAGCACUCUGGACUAUCGACACCUUCGGUCGCCGAACAUUGCUCCUGUUUACAUUCCCACAGAUGGCCUGGACAUUGCUCGCAGCUGGUCUCUGUUACUUGAUUCCUCAGAGCAGUGCCGCCCAUCUGGGUCUCGUUGCUCUUUUCGUCUACCUCUUUGGUGCAUGGUACUCGCCGGGAGAAGGUCCAGUGCCCUUCACGUACAGCGCCGAGGUCUUCCCACUUUCUCAUCGCGAAGUCGGCAUGUCUUGGGCUGUUGCAACAUGCCUGUUCUGGGCAGCCGUCUUGUCAAUCACCUUCCCGCGCAUGCUAAGUGCCAUGACACCAACCGGCGCAUUCGGAUUCUAUGCAGGCCUCAACCUUAUCGCUCUAUGUCUUAUCUUCCUCUUUGUACCUGAGACCAAGCAACGCACACUUGAAGAGCUCGACUACAUCUUUGCGAUUCCCACGCGGAAAUUCAUUAGCCACCAGUGUGGUACUGUGCUACCAUGGUGGAUCAAAACUUAUGUCAUGCGAAAGAAGAUUGGACCUUGCCCAUCUCUUAUCAGCUUUGAGGGAGGUGGUGAGAAUGAUCAAGCUCUCGGGGAACAGGUGCGCAAGGCUAGUCUGGCUGGACAUGGUGGUGAAGUCAGGGAGUCUAGUAUUGCCGAUAAGGCGAGCAAGGCGUUCUAG